GUGGGCACAGCAACAUCCAAUCCUGUCAUACAUUACAUCAUUUGUUUAUCCAACAUUCUUUUUUUUUUCAUUUCUGUGCUCUAUUGUGUGUGCAGAGAGACUCUGUGGAGGGGAGUGGUUGUCAGCUAUUCAGGGAUAAAUAGAGAGGCAGUGCUCAGAGUUUGUCAGAAGGCGGACCCGACAGGGUCACACACAGGACCAAGCAGGAGCAGGACCUCAGCAUUUUACCCUUUAUUACAAAUGGAGGAACAUGAAGAUGUUCAAUACUGUUUUCAGGACAGAAACUCCUCUUGCAGAAAGGCUUUGCUAUCGACAUCUAUCUAUAUAACACUGUACAUCUUCUUCUCAUUGAUUUCAGCAGUUACAGUAUUUUUGAACGUACUGGUGAUUAUCUCCAUCUCCCACUUCAAGCAGCUCCACACUACAACCAACCUGCUCAUCUUCUCUCUGGCUGUGUCAGAUCUCCUGGUGGGACUGAUUGUGAUACCAGUAACGACUGUAGCAUUAAUGGAAUCAUGCUGGGGAUUUGGGGAACAUUUCUGUGUGUUUCAAUUCUACAUCACUUAUUUAUGUACUUCUUUAUCUCUGGGCAAUUUGGUCUUGAUAUCUAUUGACCGCUAUGUUGCUGUGUGUGAUCCCUUAUUGUACCACUCUAAAAUAACAAUAACAAGAACGAUGUGUUGUAUAUCCUUUACCUGGUGUUGUUGUAUCAUUUACCGUGCUGCUAUUAUAAGAAACUUUGUAAAUGUACAGGUACCAAGUAGGUGUUUGACAGAAUGUGUUAUUUUAGAACGUUUAAAUUGGGUUACGUUAAUUGACAUUGCAAUUACAAUGGUUGUCCCGUGCUCUGUUAUUAUAACACUUUAUAUGAAAAUCUUUGUGGUGGCCAGAUCACAGGCCAGAAAGGUGUUUUCAAAAGAGGCUGUCAGUGUGUCUGGUGUUAAAACUAUUCAGGCAAAUAAGUCUGAGAGAAAAGCAACAAAGACUCUGUCUAUUGUUGUUAUCAACUAUUUCAUUUGUUGGAUUCCAUUUCUUUUUGUUUUCUUUCUUUCUUUUUUAAUUGAAGACUUUUUAUUGUUUAUCAUCAGCUUUUUGCCACUUGUUAACUCCUUAAUUAAUCCAAUCAUUUAUGCCUUAUUUUAUCCAUGGUUCAAAAUUACAUUUAAACAUUUUAACAUUUUAACUCUGAAGUUAAGAUUUUCAUAGUUCAGUGUUGUCAUCAUAGAUACAUGCAUUGAUACAGAAUUAUUUGGCUGGAUUGGAUUGGAAUGACUUAGGGAAAGCAUGAAAAGGCAUACAAUUGUUUAAUAAAUGACAUUGUAGUCAUUUUUCGGUUGUAUAGGCCAAAUAGUCUGUUGUUCAAUGUUAUUUAAUGUGGACCCCAGCAAGAUUAGCUGAUGCAUUUGCAUUAGAUAAUGGGGAUCCUAUUAAAUACCAACAGUACAUUUUGAGGAUGUCAUAUAUACUGUAUAUUGUCUAGCAUUACCCUCUAGUGGUACAAUUGGGACACACCCCCUUCAACAGGUCCAGUAAAGUUGAAAUGUACAAUACUGCAUGUUAUCAGAAAAUGUCCAGGUCUAUCUAAAUUGUGUAUUUUGUAAGUAGUUAACAGUAAAAUGUAAGAAUAUGCAUUUAUGUGUACCACUUCAUAAUGGUUUGUAAUAAACCAUUUGUAAGCUAUUUAGGGUUUCUUCACCAUCUAUUAUUAGGCCCGCAUUUGUUAAAUGUUACUCAGCUAGGUAUUCUAACAUGUAUAAAUAACUACUAUAUGCAAUAAUGAUUAAACACAACAGCGCAGGAGACUGUAGCAGACACUUCAACCUCAAUAUACUGGUUAGGAACACUACUGUCACUGCUCUCACUACCCCUACUCUCACUACAGAGGCAGAACAGCUCUCUCAGAUGCUGUUUACUCUGAAUGAUUACAGAGUUUGUUUGGGUAUCAUACUAAAGAAUUUGUAAUGGAUUAGUAAAAUAGUUUACUCGUUCAUUUAUCAUUACUCCCAUACUUGUUUUGGUAAGCUAGUUAUUCACACAUGAAUAAACAACUUCUAUAGUAUUUAAUAAUGAUUCAUAAGAUCAUUCAUAAGAUGUUUAAUACAUUUGCGUAUGAAACCCUUUACUAAUCAUUAGUAAAGUCAUGUUGCAGUUCCUAAUCUGAAGGGAGGAUUAUUCAUAUGUCCUUAAUACUUUAUAAAUGUUUUGAGUAAGCAGUGUAAUUUCUUACAAAAAGAUGGACAUGCAAUUGGUAGACAUUGUGUCACGCCUUGGUCAUUGUAUCUUGUGUUUUUGUUAUAUGUUUGGGUAGGCCAGGGUGUGACAUGGGUUUAUAUGUUGUAUUUCGUAUUAGGGUUUGUAUUAAUUGGGAGUGUGUAUUAUUAGGGGUGUGUCUAGUUAGGCUUGGCUGCCUGAGGCGAUUCCUAAUUGGAGUCAGCUGAUUCUAGUUGUCUCGGAUUGGGAACCGUAUUUAGGUAGCUUGAGUGCGCGUUGUAUUUCGUGGGCGAUUGUACCUGUUUUAGUGUUAGUCACCAGAUAGGCUGUAUUAGUUUCAUUCGUUUGUUGUUUUCUUCUUCCGUUAUUUCAUGUACCGUAUUAGCUUCAUUAAAAGUCAUGAGUAACCUA